UUCUCACGCAAAAAUAUUUGUCCAGAUGGCGCAGAAGUUGAGCAUCAUGUACCCCAGUCACUGGUCUACCCGUUCAUGGACUAUGUAUAUUUACUGAGGCAGGGUGGAUAUCACAAAGGUCAUCAUCCAUGUCAGCACAUAUAUUACGUAACAUUCAUUCAACUACCAGAGACACAAGAAGCUGCAGUCCACAGUCUUGUCAAAAUGGAGAAGCAGGAUGUUACAGUGAAGCUUUGGGGAGGAAGGUUCUCAAGGCCAGCAGACCCUCUUCUUGAAAAACUAAAUACAUCCAUUGAUUGUGACCAGAAAAUGUGGCAUGAAGAUAUUAGAGGAAGCAUGGCAUAUGCAGAAGCAUUAAAACAUGCAGGGUUAAUAUCUGCUGAUGAAGAAGUCCAGAUUAAAAAAGGACUGCAAGAGAUAUGUAAAGAAUGGCAAGAAAGUAGGUUUACAAUAAAGAGCUCAGAUGAAGACAUUCAUACAGCUAUUGAAAGGAGGCUGAAGGAACUUAUUGGUGAACCUGCAUCCAAACUCCACACUGGAAGAAGCCGAAAUGAUCAAGUAGCCACAGACAUGAAACUCUGGCUUCUGUCUCAUAUUCAAAACCUCCAGCAAAUAUUUUAUGAACUUGUAGAGACUUUUACUAAAAAAGCACAAGAUAAUAUUAAUGUUAUUAUGCCAGGAUAUACUCAUCUCCAAAGAGCUCAAACAAUUCGUUGGAGUCAUUGGUUACUAAGCCACACCUGGAGUCUGAUAUCAGAUUAUGAUAGAUUAUGUCAGUUAUUUGAAAGCACAAGUGUAAUGCCCUUGGGUAGUGGUGCCCUAGCAGGAAAUCCUUUUGAAAUAGAUCGCAAAAAAUUAGCCAAGAAUUUGGGAUUUAAGAAAAUAUCGCAGAACAGCAUGCAUGCUGUUUCAGAUCGUGAUUUCGUUGCUGAAUUCUUAUUCUGGUCAACAUUAACAGCCAUUCAUCUAAGUCGUCUAGCUGAAGAUCUCAUAAUAUACAGCAGUGAAGAAUUUGCAUUUGUAAAAUUAAGUGAUGCCUAUGCAACAGGGAGCAGUCUAAUGCCACAGAAGAAGAAUCCAGACAGCCUUGAACUCAUUAGAGGGAAAUCUGGAUGCAUUUUUGGACAUUUUUCUGGUUUUAUGAUGGUCCUCAAAGGUCUGCCUUCAACCUAUAAUAAAGACCUCCAGGAAGACAAAAGGGCUAUGUUUGAAACAUAUAACAUUAUGGAAAUGAUUUUAAAGAUAACUAAGGGGAUUGUGGAAACAAUGGAGGUAAAUAAAGAAGUCUGCCUGUCAGCUCUAACACCAAACCUUCUAGCCACUGACGUUGCAUAUUACCUAGUGCGGAAAGGGGUUCCUUUCCGUGAAGCACAUCAUAUCGUUGGUGAAGUUGUUGCCACAGCUGAAAAACAGAAGAAACAGAUAACGGAUCUCACCGUAAACGAACUUCAGCUGAUAAGCUCUAAAUUUAGUGAUGAUAUUAAGAAGAUAUGGGAUUACACUAACAGUGUUGAACAAUACAGAAGCACUGGUGGAACCUGCAGUGACAGCAUUCUGCUUCAAAUUAGAACAUUGAAAGAAUGGGUAGAGAAGGAAAAACAGCAGUUUUCUAAAAUGGAGAUGCCUGUCUCUUCAAACUAAGGCAUUGCCAGUAUAAACCACCACUGACAUAAAUUUGUGAGCCAUAAUUAUAAAAUACAUCAUUAAAAAGGAUAUUGUAUUACUAUUUUUAAGGUCUCAUGUACACUUUUCUUUUGUGUUAAUCUGAAUGAUAUAUUAUGUAUUUAAUAAGUGAACAAAUAAGAAUAAAAAUACAAUCAAUUCA